AUGAAUGAAGCCACCUUCCUACACAUGGGCAGACAUCAAGGGUUCACCGUGAAGGUCGAGGAAGAUCGUGCAUCAUCACUACUAGCACAAAUGGUACGGCUCAAUGGGAUCCUUUCCCAAAUCAACGACUUUAACAUCCAAGCCGCCGAGAACAAGAUCAAAACAGAAAAUGCCAUCGCUACAAUCGAGACCCUCUCCUCGAAACUCGAUGAAUGGAUUACAGUUCUACCAAGCGAUAUGCAAGAUACACGCGAAAAUCUCCUGCACUACGCCUCCCAGGGACUCGGCCAACUCUUCGUCACCCUAUACCUCGGAUACUACCACUACGGCCAAAUGCUCUUCUACCGAUUUCUCCAUGAAGACUCACGAUCGUUCUCGCCAAGUACACAUUUCUACGCCAACACAUGCAAAGAUCACGCAAUCAAAUUGUGUGAAAUGAUCUACAGCUCAGAAGAUGUGCCUGGCUGUGCAGUGCUGUACAACAUGGUUGGCCAUGUCCUUGUAAUAGCCUCGACGGUCCAAAUCCACACGCUGCUAUUUGGGGUUGAUAACGAAAGCGUAACUCUCGCCAGGAACAGACUUGAGAGAAACUUUUGCAUUCUGACUCGACUUCGGAAACUAUGGCCUACACUGGAUGUUUGUAUGGAGCGCUUACAGGCUUUUCACCGCGCCUGUAGGCGUUCUGUUGAUACUAGUUUUUGUAUGGAUGAGUGGAUGGUCAGGUUUUUAGUUGAGUUUGCGAAUCCGGUCAGUGAUAAAGAUGGAAGUGUAGAUCGGAUUGAGGAGAGGCCUUGGGGGUUGGAGGAGAUUGGGAUUUCAUUGUGA